CGCGCUGCGGCCGGAAGCGGUACUGCAGGGCGGAAGUGCUGCACCUGUUGCAGUGUUGACUCCUCGACGUUACCUGAAGCCGAGCACACCUGUGCUUCUGCCUCUAAAGCCCCUCAAUGGACAAGUUAAAGAAGGUUCUGAGCGGCCAGGAUGAAGCGAACAGCGACGGGACCGGGAUCCUGGAGAGAGCCAAUGAGGCGUCAACACUGGCCUGGGGGACCCGGAUGAAGGGCUUUGCGGUGUGCUUCGUUCUGGGCAUCGUCAGCUCCAUCCUGGGCAGCUGCAUGCUGUGGGUCCCCCGCGUGGGCCUCGCCGUGUUCGCUGUCCUCUAUAGUGUGGGAAACCUCAGUGCUCUGGCCAGCACAAUGUUCCUGAUUGGUCCAUGUCGGCAGCUGAAGACCAUGUUUGCUAAAGAGAGGGCGCUAGCCACCGUCAUCAUGGGGGUUUGUCUGGCGUUGACGCUUUGUGCUGCAUUCUGGUGGAAGAAUAACGGUCUCGCUCUGCUCUUCUGUGUGCUUCAGUUCCUAGCCUUUGCCUGGUACGGCCUUUCAUACAUCCCCUUCGCCAGGGACGGUGUCAUGAAAUUAUGUUCAAUGUGCUUCUGACGUGUCGACCAAUCAGGAAGCAGGACUCCGCCCAGUGUGCAUCCAAUCAGUAACUGAUUGAAGGCCUUAAACAUUUCAAAACCUGAUACGGUUAAAAUCAAUGUUAGCUGUUAGCAUGUAGCCGUUGCUAGCAUGCAGUCACUGUUGACAUGUUAGCAUAUAGCUACAGUUAGCACCUUGUCUGUAGCCACUGUUAGUAAUCAUGCACUGUAAGCAUGUAGCCACUUUUAUUAAAUAGGCACUGUUAGCGCUUAGCAUAUAGCCUCUGUUAGCAUCCUCUGUUUCUUGCCAUCACUGUUUGUAACAUUACUAUUUUUUAUAUUUAGAUGCUGCUGUUGUUUUAUUCUGGGAGAUGAGACCAAAAAGAAUAUUUGACAUCCUGAGAUUUGAAUAUUGAAAAUAAUUUCUUGUUACGGUUGAUUCAAAGUUAUAUCUGUGGUGAAAAUAACCAGCUGAUGAAUCAAUAAAAUAAUCAUGAGUUAGUAUUUCUCAACAACAGAAUCUAGUAAUAGAAUAUUUAUUCUAUUACUAUCACUACUUUAACUACAUUUUUACAUUACGUGUCAUUUAGCUGACUCAAAAGCUUUGACCCAAAGUGAAAAUAAGUGCAUUUCAUUUUCAUUUUAUUGGUCAUUUUUUAGUAAAGUUACUAAGACUUCUUUAGUCUUCAACAGGAAGUAAACUUAUUUUUACACUAAACAACAUCUAUCUAUUAAAAUACCUUUUUUAUUAAA